AUGGGAGUUUGGAAAAUUGGGGAGGCUGGGGUAGUCCUAACCCUGAUGGCCCAGGUUCCCGCAAUGCACCCUCCCUCCCCCUUAGCGCCACACCGGGUGUUAACACUACUUGGGCACUCUUAUACCAUCGUCGCUUUCACUAUCUGGCCUUAUCCUCUUUCACAUUUGAUCAGCCUCCAGGUCUUGACCGGGCGAGCCGAUGGCAAUGCAGUGCUCAAUGAGCCCGGCAACUACAGCCAGAACGGCGCAAAACGCCAGACAACAGACUUAACGAUGGAGGCUCAACGGACUAUCCUAGUAGUCGGCGCAACGGGCAAACAGGGUAGGAGCACUAUCAAAUACCUGCUGGAUCCCGAUCAGCAAGCACCGCAGGGCACCAAGUUCAAAGUACUGGCCCUCACACGAGACACCUCGUCACCAUCUGCGCGUCAACUACUCGAACGGAACAAACAGCACGCGAGCAGGAUUGAUCUUGUGCAGGGAGAUCUUGAAAAGCCCGAAAGCAUCCGUAAGAUCUUCCAGAAUGCUGCGUCACCAGACGGUCAUGGAAUAUGGGGUGUCUUCGUUGCGCUGGCUUAUCCCGGACUGGGUGAGAGCGCGGCUGGAGAGAUCAGGCAAGGAAAGUUGUUGGCCGAUCUUGCCCUCGAGUUCCGUGUUGAGGUGUUCGUGUACUCGAGUGCGAUCCAGGUUGGCCCCACAGAGGAUGACCAUCUUGAUAAUUCGCACCGUGCAAAGCCGCAAAUUGAGGACUAUUGCAAAGAGCUGGGUUCGCAAGGAAUGAACUGGAUCAUCAUUCGGCCUGGCUUUUUCAUGGAAAACUUUGACGGCCUCGUGGGAGCCCUCGCAGUCAGCGUUAUGCGGGCUGGGCUGGGCAAAGAUACCACUUUAAAUCUCGUUGCAUCUGACGAUAUUGGGAGAGUUGCCGCGGGAGUAUUGAGGCACCACGACAAAUAUCUGUGCAAGACAUUAUCCAUCACAUCUGAAGCAGCGACCAUGGAGAGCAUCUCAGAAUCGUACAAAAGAGCCACUGGGCGACCUAUUCCCGCCGCUCCUACUUUGGUGGGAAAGGCGUUGCUGAAACUAAAUGCCGCCACUCAGAACCUAAUGAUAGAAAUGAAACGUGCUCAUGAAGCUCGUGCGAAUGGACAAGAGAAUGGUCUGGAAUCCGAGAUCGAGUUGGCUCGAUCAGUCUGCAAGCUGCAGACCUUUUACGAAUGGAAGUCCAGCAAGAAAGACCAUACUACCACGGAUCAAAAUUGGAACAAGGUUUCAUUGGCGAAGCUCAUCACCGGCCGGUCAUGA